GCGCUUCGGUCGGCGCGUAGACUAGCGCGCUUGUCAGUACUCUGAAAGCGCUGGUACACUGCAUUUACAGCGUAAUCGCGACCGCAUAGUCGCACCGUGGCAUUUCGCGAACUGCAUCGUCCUGCAUACCCUCGUACCCUCGUUUCACCGUCGUCAUGCAUAGGUGAUGUACAUAGACUCGUUGAUAGACGGGCUGGGGUGCCUGAGCUUGAAGAAGAUGUAGGCGCAGAGCAGUGCCGGAUCUCGUUAGAGGGUCAACAAUCGAAUCUGAGAUCGUGACACGCGAGGAAUGACAAUAAGAAAUAAAAGAAGUAGACUUUGUGUUUUAAACAUCGUUUAAAAACAGGACGCCAGUGUUACCACGAAACGAUCAACCCUUCUAGACUCCGUCAAACGGUGCAAUAAAAGUAUGUGAGAAUUGUGAUUAGGCAUAUAAAUGCGUUAAAUCUACUUUUGCAGCCUGUUUUAUAGACACAAGUGACGUACACCGAUUUUUGUGUAGUUUUAUUCCAUAUUCUAAUUAUUCUAACUAGGCCUUGCCGAAAGCACUUCUUUUUGAUAAUACUUCCCGGAUACCCGACUACUUAGGACAAUGCCUAACGUGUGGGGAAAAGGGGAGUUACGUACGACUCAUAGGGAGAUGCUCAUUUAACACAGCAAGAUACUCAAUGGCAUGGAAAGAUGCUCAUGCCAUAUGAGUAUUUACCCUAUUGGAAUGGGGACGACUUGAAAUAUAUGACUGAAUCAGCUCGUGCUAAUCGGACGCUACUCGAUGUUUGAGAAAGUCUCGACAUGACACGAAGCUAAACAAAGUGUAAGGAGAUCCUGCCGCUGUCAGCAUGUGGACGAAUCACUUGAUAGUGGCGGCAAUUGUACUCGCGGUUGCCAACGUCUGUCAUGCGGAGUGCCAGACUCGUUCCAUUUACUGCUACGAAUGCGAUUCAUGGACGGAUCUCAGAUGCAAGGAUCCAUUCAACUAUACAGCACUACCCAGAGAUCAGCCACCGCUAAUGACAUGUAACGGAUGCUGCGUAAAAAUGGUUCGCAACGCAAAAUCACCGUACGAGAGCGUGAGGAGAACCUGCACCGCGCAACUACAAAUAAACUUAUUCAUGGUGGACCACGUGUGCAUGAUGGAAAGUACCGGCACUGGUCACAUGUGCUUCUGUGAGGAGGAUAUGUGCAAUCGUGUACCCCCGACCUCGCGCUCGAAUCCCGUACUCCUGCUGAUCCUGUCGACCAUCCUUAUUCUGCGUUCGGCAGUUUUAGGAGCCUCCGCUUGCUUUGUAGAACGUUGCAAUAAUCACAUCGUAUAACACCAAUUAAUUCGAUCCACCCAUCGCAGUGGUGCCCAAUCAUAUCCUUCGUAGAAAUUCUAGCGAGUCAACAACACGACCAUUCGUCGGAACGAACGAUCGAGCUGGCUUCGAUCCUGAAGGCUAGAUCCUUCGGAAUAUUGAGAAGAGAAGUCAAAAGCAUAUAGAGCAAUGGAAAUUUGACGUAUCAUUACCAUUACUUUUGUGCCUCUUUCAAGCGUGUUAUCGAUCCAUUAAAUCGCGUAGAAAUCGAAUAUAUUACAUUACAUUUAUACGAUAUAGAAAUUUUAUCAAAGUUGCAUAUCUUACGAUUAAUGCUAUAUAGAAAAUGAGAAUGCUAAGAUGAAUUCGAUAUAUAUUAAAUGCUGCAAAGAGAAAAGUACAUGAAUAGAUGACUGUAAGUAAAAUAUAUAUUCAUGUAGCCUUGUAAGAAAUUUUGUUAUUUACUAUAAUGUAAUUUACUAUAGUAUUUCUUUAAAUUAAUUUUAUUAGUCAACUUUUGUUUCCUUAAGGAGACAAGUCAAAGUAUUGCAAUAAAAUUAAACUUUUAAAUAAAAGCCAAAAGAAAAAGCUAGGAGUUAUUUGAUAGAAUCGAUAAUAAAUAUUAUUGUAAAUUUAGCUUGAAAUUUUCAAUAGAAUUAGAUAAUUAUAAUUAAACUGUGCAACUAAUAUCAAAUUUAAUCUCGUUUUCUAUAGCGAGAGUUGUCCAAUUUGUAUCGUUCGUUCCGAUCACUGGCCCUAGACAGCAUCGAUAGUACCUAGGCGUUUCUCGUGUAGAAAUCAUCUCAACUAUCUAAUCGAUUUUUCUGAUGAUCUCGGAGCAAGUCCGAGUUCUCUAUUAGUUGCUCUUCGAGCAAGCACGGCUAGCAUCAUUGCAAUACAUUCGUGACAAAAAAUCUGAGGAAGGAAUUUUAUUUAAAAAAAGUUACCAAAAGUUACCAAAAUGUGAAAUAGUAUUAAACAUUGAGUAGUGUAAUUUAAACGAAAGGAUCUACAUUUAUAACAAAAUUGCAAUAAUCCUACUAGAAUACAUGUAACUAUUUUGAUAGUAUUUAUUUGACAUACAUUAAAUACAAAUACUACAAAAAUUAUUUCUCUAAGUUACAUGAUUGUACAGUAUUCGUUACUUUCUUUGCUUUGCAAUCUCGAUGCUUCAAAUAUUUGGCAAUUUACUGCAAUUUUUAUUGUUCAUUCUUGAAUACUUUUUAAAAAAAUAUAUAGUUUAGCUAUAAAUAGACAAGUAGAAUGUAAAUUAAAUUUCUUCCUCAGCUUUAUCGCGCUGCAUGUACUCGACUGUCGUCUAGGAACAUCGAUGAUGAAUUAGCCAUUUACCCUAAUAUUAUGAUAAAGAGAAGAUACAAAAUGUGGAUACUCUAGCUCUCGAAUUUUACUCACAACAAUGCACCUCACUAUGUUAUUUCUCUUAUUCUAAUGCGACAAUGUUCGACGCGACUGGUCGAGUUUCAUUCGAUACAAAAAUUUAUGAAAAAGCACAAUAAAAUUGCACGAGGUAUAAACGCCAAUCAAUAUAUUGCAUAAAGUAUCUUAACGUAUAUAAGAAUUUCAGGAAAUUUUUAACUUUUGAAUAGAUAAUUAAUAUAUAAUUAUUGAAUAAAAAAAUGGAAAGGCAAUAUUUUUUACACAUAUCUCUGAAAUGCAUAAUCCCAAUUCGUGUAAUUUAUUAAUUUCUGCACAAUUAUUAUAUAUAGUCAGUAAUCUGUAUCAUUCUACACUAUAGUUUUUAAAAUAUAAAAGUUCGUCAAAUAAUAUUGUGUGAUAACACAUAGUGCUACAGUUAUAAAAUAAUCAUAAAACUGUCAACGACAUUAUGUGACAAAUGGCGUUAGUUCGUCGUGCAAUUCAAUCGAUUUAGCAAAACGCUUCCUUGAUCGUACCCAAUCACAACUCUCUUUUCACUCUUCUUUACAUCAUAUCUCUCUCUCUCUCUCUCUCUUUCUCUUUUUCUCUCUUUUCCUUAUAAUCUGAAUCUUGAUCUUUGCAUUUUUCUUUCAUUUUUCUUACUCUAUAACAGUGCAACGUCCUCGUAGACCUCUUAACCGUUUUGAUAUAAAACAUUAUCAUACUUGAAAUCAAUGAGAUGGAAGGUAUCGAUUCCACAAUAGAAGGCCAGCUUGUACGAUAGAAAGACAUUCUACCUUAGAAGGCAUGGUUGCAGCAUGCACAUCCGACAGACAAGGCCGACAGACGCAGAGAAAACCAAUCGACGAGCAGCGAAGAUGAUCUUCUCAAGUUCCGGAAGUUAUCUGGCCCACAUAUGCGCACAUUUUUCGAAACAAAUCUUAUAAAAAAUAUUCGCAAACUAUUCUAAAAAUUUUUAAGAUAGAAAGAUAAAAUGAUUAUAUAUAAACAAAAUUUGUAUUUCAUGCUAUAUAUAAAUUUCUACUCGUUAAAUUAUAAAGAAUUUUGAAUUCUUUUCGAUAGUAGCAAUAUCUAAAUAUUCAAAAAUUAUUAAAACCAAAUUUAAAAUCAAAUUUUAAAAAAUUUAUUUGGAAUUUGGAAACAUGAAGGUUCUAGAGUUCAGAAAUUUAAGCAAAAGUUUAAUAACACAAAAAUUUAUUAACAAUCUUCUGAAAAUGGGCGCACACUCAAGAGUCUAGAUCAUUACAGUAAUGAACUUUCAAAGCACUUAGGAAAAAAUCGAGUCACACGUAGACUAAAAUGAAGUUGAGUGCAUGGAUUGUAGCGUUUAUAAGGCUGUACGAUUUAUGGAAAGUCAAUACAAAGUUUUAAUUUAAAAUAGGAAAAACGAGCUUAAGAGCCGUGCUGAAUGUUGUUCGCCAAAACAAAUACUAAUAACCAAAAUAAAUAAAAGCAAACGUUUACUUUUAUUUAUUUUAUUUAUUAAUAUUUGUUUUGGCGCACAACAUUCAGCACGACUCUUAAACUCAUUUCUCCUAUUUUGAAUUGUUAAUCACAAAAGUCCUAACUUUCGUAUUUGUUUCUAAUUUUUUACAAAAUUUUAAUUUUUAAACAUAAAUAAGUCUUUCAUUAGCAUAGUAAAAAUUAAUUUAUUGUAUUAUGUAUGAUGUCUUAUGCAAAAUCAGUAUUUUGACACAUUUAUAUAUUUUAUAUAUUUUAUAAAAGAUAAAAGACCAGAGUCUUAUUUAUAUUUAUGUAAUUACAUUUUAAACUAUUUUAUUAUACAUCAUAUUUAUUUUGUUUAAUUAAAUUUCUCUUAAAAAAUGUUUUCUAAUCAUAUUUUUUAUUUAUUUUAUCAACAAUCUCUUAAUGUAAAUUCUUUAUUUGCAUAUAAAGUACACUAUAGUUUUACAAAAAAUUCUUUAAUGCAUCUAAUCGCAGAAAGUUUUACAAGUAAUUUAAAUAGUAUACUUUAUAUAGCUUCUAUGACCGCGAUUAAUGCAAAAGCGGUGAAGCUUUGACUUUCAAAUAAAUGUAUAGCAACACUUUGCAUGACACUGCAUGAACCUAUCGUUCUUAAUCUUGCGUGUGAACGAGUACUCCACUUCUACAGCCACUAGUCGAAAGCGAACAGCGUCCACAAUUUAAAAAAAAUCUUAUUAAAUACACAUUACAGAGUUAGGCAAACAGGCAAUCAACAAAAUUUCGAAAAUUCCAUCACGCAAGCUUUAGUUAGCUAGUUAGUUUUGUAGUCCCAAGCUCGUACAAAUCCAAAGAGAUUGAAUCGCUGUUGCUUUCCUCUUGUAGCUCGUCCAAAUGCAACAACAACAAUAGCAUUGACAAAAAUUACGGUUAUAACAACUGUGACAAUUAAAAAAACCCACAAUACCUUCCACCCUGAUAAAUGCAACGCAAAGCAGACGAAAAACAAAGCACAACGUGGGCAUUCAGCUUUAUUCGUGUCGCGACUAACGCAUUUAACUGCUAACAAAAAUUGAUUUUAUUUGUUGAAUUGAGCUUAUUCCCAUUUGAUCAUUUAAAAAAAUUUGAAAAAUUUUAUGCAGCAGACAGAAUGUUGAAUCAACUUACGUCACUGUGUACGUCAUAAAGAUAUACAUCUGUGACUCUUUAUUUAUAUAAUUAUACUAAUAUAUAACAUAUAAUUAUACACAAUAUAUAACAUAUCUAGUUCGUAAUAUAGUAUUUUAGUAUGACAAUUAUAAUAUUAUAAUAUUAAAUAUCUUGUUUUUUAAAUUUAAAUCGUGAAUUUCUUUACAGCAAAAAAUAGUGUGUAAAAAUAUGAAUGCAAAUGGCUUAACAGUCACUGACGUACGCCAUUUAAAAAUCGAUCGCAACUCAGCGGUGAAGCAAUUGUUAUCUCUGCUGAAUGCAACCGUCAGCCGACGUUGCAAUUGCUUGCAAGUGGUACGAACAAGCUGAACGCACAUGUCCUCACAGAGAGGCUUUCGAAUCGGAGCCUCUUGCCAAACAAGCUUCGGUACUUGCUUGACCGUUGGCGAGCAAACCGACGUUUCUCUGGCAAGCCAUGCGGCUCGUGUCGCGUCAUUUGUUCAUUGUCGCACGCGCGGCUGCGAGGCUACCUAUUCACGUUUUUAUCGCGAUAUACGCCGUAUUCUCGCUUUCCUACCUGUUUCUCUGUUCCUUUAUUCUUUUCAUUAUUUUAUUCAGCAUCCUUCAAUGUCUUUUGAUUUAACGCGUAUUAUUCUUAAGUCAAAUAUAAAUGCUCGUUGUGCAAUCGAAGAAAAUGCUCAAGUUAAAAGAUAUUAAAUUUUUUUUUACUUAGCUUUAAAUAUUUCACUAUCUUAAAAAACAUACAUGAUUUUAUUCUUAAAAAAUAAAUUUUUUUCAUAUAAAAUCAAACAGAAAUUAAACACUAUUUAAACAAUAUUUAGACAAAACCUCGUACUUUACCAUUGUAGAUGUAUGUACGUGCUAUAAUCCAUAAUUACGAUGUAAAACAAGUUAUGUAGGCGGUGACGAGAAUCUGUCUCUUAUAGUAAAACUAUGUCAUCAUAUGUAUCACUAUUACACAGUUCAAAAUUGUAAGAUUAAUAUCUAUAAAGAAACAACAAAUUGCUAUGCCAAAUUUUACUUAAUAAGAGUAAUAAGUAUAACUCUUAGAGAUGUUUUGCCUUUUUUUUCUAAAUAAUAAAAUAUUUCUCCUCUAACUAAAAAACAUGCAAUUUAAAAAAUAUUGAAAAUUAGUAAGUCGAGCAUGUUUCCUCGCUUCACAUCUGAGUCGCCACGAAAAUAUCGAUAUUUCAUCCUUGUUUACCGAUAAUAAUCGGUACUAAACCUGGCCUCGCAGCUGAAAAGUAUCCACGUAUAGCUAUUAAAUGAAUCUAUCUGCGAUAUGAAUUAUUUAGCAUAGGAAACCAUCGACGCGAAGACGAAUGUAGAUAAAAAAGAAUAAUUUUAAUAGAUAAGAAUAAUUCAUAGAUAAAAGAUAAGAUUAAUUUAUAGAUAAAAAUGAAUAAAUUAUUUUAAUCCUUUAACUUUUAGAAAUGUAUAUACAUAUAAUUUAUAUACAUAUAAUUGUAUAUACAUAUGAUUUUCAAUUAAAUUUGUCAAAAUCUGACAGUUGUUUCACUGUAAAUUUAAAAGAAAAACAUAAUUGAGCGCUAAUUAAUAAUAUAAUAAGUAAACAAAGUAAACAACUGAGAUUAUAGUUAAAGGAUUAAUUAUUAAAAUAUAUAUAUCCUGCCAUAUUGUAUUUCUAUACAAUAUAUGUGCGCUUAUGUAAUUAGUACAUUUAUAUAAAAUGUAUGAAGAAAUGUACUUUUUCUUUUAUUAUUAUGUACUAAAAAGAAAAUGUGACGUGUUAAUAUUAUUUAGAAAUUUAAGAGCAAACGGCAGUGAACGUCAAAUAUAUCUCUGUUAUCGUCUGCGUCGAUGAAAUGUAAAUGUCGGCAAACAUGUUCCCCGUUCCUAGAUCGUUGAUAAUUAAUACAUUUUACCAUAUCAAAAAGCAUUAAUCUAUUUUUGCGAAUUUGUAUCGAAAUUGUUGACUUAAAUCCUAUUAGUUAAAUUUAUCUCGAUUUGUAUGAGAUAAGAGAAGAGGGAUUUUUAUGUAUUUAUUAUAAAGGGAAUAAUUAAUUCCCUUGCUUUACUAUGGCACAUUUUGUCGCAAACUUGUUAGUAGACUUUUAGAUGAUAAAGAAAAAAAAUAUUUUAUUGGAUUUUAUGAAAUAAUGAAAAUAAAUUAUACUAACAUUUUGUUUAAUAAUAAUAAUAAAAUAAUUCUUAGAAAUCUCAUUAAUCUCUUAAUGCUCAAUUUUGUAUUGUCACGUCUAGCAAACAAUUAAAAGUAUACUUCUUGGAAAAAUGUUAUAUCAAAUUGCUGCAUAUAGAAUUAAAUACAUCUUCUCGAUUAAUAUUGAAAGUAUAUUUUUAUGUAUAUUAUUACUACAUCACGCUCGCGCAUUAAUUUGCUUAUUUAUCAACUUUUAAAAAUCAUUUUUAUACAAUACAAAUAGCAAUUACACUGCGGAAUGCCAAUCUACUUUAAAAUAAUUUUAAAAUGAUACAUGAAUUGACACAUGAAUCAAAUUUUAUAACAUGCUUUAAUAUAAAACAUUAAAUUAAAAUAAUUAAAAUAUUAAAUUAUUUAUUUUAAUGUAAAUUAUAUAUUAAUUUGCAUAAAUUCUACAAAUCAAUGUAAAUGUCUUACGCAGAAUCAUAUGGCUGUAUAUACAAUCGAAAAUUUUAAAAGAUUUAAAUUUAGGGUUGAAGAUUCAACAAAUGUAAAAUUUAUUUUGAGCAUUUCAACAUCGUAAUAACUUUAAUGCCAAUUUAAUAAGAAUAAGAUUUCAUGAAGCAAAACAUUGUGAGCAAAAAGCAUAAACAAAGAAAAUAAUAUAACCAAAAUUUUCUGAUUUGUACAUGUAAAAAUUAUAAAUAAAUAAGUGUUACAAAAA